GCCGCUGCGCCGACUGCGCGGCGCGGACCAGCCAGCCGGCGGCGACCGAGCCAGGCCCGAGCGCAGUGGACCCACAAUUGGAGCUGCUCUGCCGGCACACGGUCGAUAUGAUGAAGCUGGAUGGCGCCAGCGAAGAGGAGAAGCUCCAGCUGGUUCAGUGGCUGCAGACAAGGGUGCCGGCCGGCGUGCCUUCGCCGCCGGAACCCGCAGAGCCAUUCCCCUUUCAGCUGCUGCCGCUAGAGAUCCAGCUGCACAUUUUCUCAUUCCUGACGCCGCGCGAGUUGUGCACGAUCGUGUUCAGCGUGUGCAAGGAGUGGAACCAUAUCGGCAAGGACCCCACGCUGUGGCAGCACCUGUCGUUCGAAGCGGAUAAUGUCAUCUCGACCAACGGGGUGGUGCGGGUCCUGUCUUUCAGCCCGCUGCUGAAAUCGCUCCGGCUGGAGGCGCGGCGCCACGUCGACAAGAUUCUUUUCCAGGUGGCCGACACCUGCAAGCAGCUGCGAUCGCUCACCGCCCGCUUCUGCAACGGCCUCAGCUCCGUACUGCUCGAGGUGCUGGUCAAGCACUGCCCGGACAUCGGGCGCAUCAACUUCGAGGGCUCGCGCUUCGACGACCCGGGCUGCAUGUCGGCGCUGACCGGUCUCGGUCGGCUGACGGCGCUCAACGUGUCGCACUGCCUGCGCCUGGAGGACGCCGAGGUGGCGGAGCUGGCGCGAGCCUGCCGCCGCCUGCAGGAGCUCAACGUGGACGGCGUCGGCUAUCUGACGGACGGCGCCGUGCUGGACCUCGUGGAGCAGUGCGGCGCGCGGCUCACCUCGCUGGUCCUAGACGGCGAGAACCUGUCGGACGCCGCCUUCAGCGGCAUCGGCCGUGGCUGCCGGCAGCUCGAGGUGCUAUGCAUCUCGUUCGCGGACGGUAUGACGGACGCCAGCCUGCCGGCGCUUGGUGGCCUGCGGGGCCUGCUGCGGCUCAAGAUCCGGCGCGGCCACCAGCUGAGCGCCACGGCGCUGGCUAGGCUCUUCCUAGACGAGAACAUGCCGCGCCUGCUGCACCUGGACCUCAGCGAGUGCUCAAAUGUUGACGACUCGACGGUGGACGCGGUCACGGCUAACUGUCCUCUGCUGACGUUCUUGGCGCUCAGCUGGUGCUGGGACAUCACGGAUGUCGGCCUGGAGAAGAUCGUUUCGCGGCUCAGUUUCCUGCGUGCGCUGGACCUGGUGGGCGUGGUGCGAAUAACGGGCCAGUGUUUCAACCGCAUCCCUGAGUGGUUGCCCGAGCUGCGCUACCUCAACUUGGAACAGUGCUCCGACAUCCAGGACGUGGUGGUGGAGCGGGUGGUGCGAGACCGGCCGCAGCUGCAGGCCCUCGACUACUACGGCGACCGGGUAGUGCCACGCCCGGCCGAGAUGGAGGCCUGGGCUGCCGAGUUGGCUGGCAGCGACCGCCAGCUGCAGGUGCCCGUCACCAUCGAUUUCGUGCUGCUGCACGAGGACGAGGACGGCGCGGCGUGACGUCCCGAGGUGUGAAGGGCGAACGGCGAGUCGCACCGACGGCGACCAUGUUGCGAGUUGUUAUUGGUCAGAUCUCAGUGCUGUAAAUCUAAGAGCGUUGCUAAAGCAGGCAUGUCACGUGCUAGAUUUUUCAAGGUCAAGCUCUCGCGAGCGUUCGCGGCAGCUUGCGUUUGUUACGUUUGUUUGCUGUGGCGUUGCGUACAACAGUUCGUGAGCAGGUAGCUUCAGCAGUAGCGACCUCCGCCGCGACAGUGCCCCGAUGAGGCGUUGUAUGUCAAACUCGACACCACUCGGUAAGGAAGACCUGGCAUAGUCCCGUGCUCAAUAUUUGGGCCGUUAUUGAGGCUGUAAUUAAGGCCGUUAUAAGUUAUAAUGUAGGCUGGUUAUUUUAGUGAAUGAUGGACGGUAUAAUUUGAGCCAUUAAUAAGGCUAAUAAAUGAGCCGUGUAACUGAAUCCGCAUGACGCUGUUUUUAAGUUUUGCGUUGAUGUCGCAUUUCGACGAAGUCUUUCGUGAUGCAAAGCUAUGUUCGGGUUGAAAUACAUAAAACGCUGAAGUACA